AGCCGCGGCCGCCCAGCCGAGCAUCGCCGCGCGGGGCCGAGUGGAGCCGAGCAGCCGCCGCGCCGCGUCGCCGGUUUAAGCGCAGUGCAGGCCGCGGCCGGGGGCGGCGGUAGUGAGCCCAGCGCUGCGCUCCAGCCUCCUUUUCCCUCCAUGGUUUCUCUCCGCUCCCGUGAGUAACUUGGCUCCGGGGGCUCCGCUCGCCUGCCCGUACGCCGCCAGCCACCCAGGACCGCGCCGCCGGCCUCCGCCGCGAGCAAACCCUUCCGACGGCCUUCGCUGCGCAGGCCGGGACGCCUCUCCCCCCUCCGCCCCCGCCGCGGAAAGUUAAGUUUGAAGAGGGGGGAAGAGGGGAACAUGGACAUGAAGAGGAGAAUCCACCUGGAACUGAGGAACCGGACCCCAGCAGCUGUUCGAGAACUUGUCUUGGACAAUUGCAAAUCAAAUGAUGGAAAAAUUGAGGGCUUAACAGCUGAAUUUGUGAACUUAGAGUUCCUCAGUUUAAUAAAUGUAGGCUUGAUCUCAGUUUCAAAUCUCCCCAAGCUGCCUAAAUUGAAAAAGCUUGAACUCAGUGAAAAUAGAAUCUUUGGAGGUCUGGACAUGUUAGCUGAAAAACUUCCAAAUCUCACACAUCUAAACUUAAGUGGAAAUAAACUGAAAGAUAUCAGCACCUUGGAACCUUUGAAAAAGUUAGAAUGUCUGAAAAGCCUGGACCUCUUUAACUGUGAGGUUACUAACCUGAAUGACUACCGAGAGAGUGUCUUCAAGCUCCUGCCCCAGCUUACCUACUUGGAUGGCUAUGACCGAGAGGACCAGGAAGCACCUGACUCAGAUGCCGAGGUGGAUGGUGUGGAUGAAGAGGAGGAAGAUGAAGGAGGAUGUGCAUGAGACUAUGUUAUGUGUACUUCGUUGCCAACCAACACCACAGCUGCAGAACUAUUCAAGUCUUUUGAAUGAUUACAUAUCAGGAAAACUGAAUUGGUCAUUUUGUGUCGUAUAUGCACAGAUGGAGCGGCUGCCAUGGCUGGACGGCUUUCUGGUUUACUACUCGAGUCAAAGAGGUCACUUCUGGAUGUGAGUCUAUGCACUGUGUCAUCCUUAGAGAAAUGCUGGCUAGCUGACAGAUGUCACCUGAACUUAACGUUUUGCAGGAUGUGAUUAAAAUUAUCAACCACAUUAAAGUACAUGCCCUUAACCCAUGUCUGUUCACGCAGCUCUGUGAGAUGGAUGCAGAGAAUACUUCUCUUACACAGAGAAGCGAGAUGGCAUUCUAAAGGUGGAUCACUGGCUAGAGUUUUUGAGUUACAAGGCCUGCUCCAGAGAUUUCUUUUAGAAUUAACAGUCACCACUAGCAGAACAUUUUAGUAACAGAAUAAGUGGUAAAACUUUUUUUUUUCCUUAAGUUCAGGGGUUCAUGUGCAGGUUUGUCGCAUAGAUAAACGUGUGCCAUCCCAUCACCUAAGUAUUAAGCCCACUGUCCGUUAGCUAGUCUUCCUGAUGCUCUCCCUCCCCAGCCCCCACAGGCCACAGUGUGUGUUGUUCCUCUCCACGUGUCCGUGUAUACUCACCAUUCAGCCCUCACUUAUAAGUGAGAACAUACGUUAUUUAGUUUUCUGUUCUGAGUAUUGGGAUUUUUGACAUGUUUCAAACAGUAGCAGUGAUUUUGAAAGAGACUGAGCCAGGGCCUUCUUUCUCGCAGCUGGUGCAUGAUCAUCUAUCUCAGCUUUCAAAAGAGUUUGAGCAUUACUUCCCAACCACAAAAGACCCCGACCUGGGAAGGAAUGGAUCCACGACCCAUUUGUGAAUAAGCCAGAUCAAUUGACUUUGUUCAUGCUUGAAGAGGAUCAACUGGUUGAGAUCACAGAUGGCAGUGGCCUUAAAAGUAUGGUUUGAGAUAACUUCAAAAUCUCUAUAUUCUGGAUUAAAAUCAAGGUGGAAUAUCCCGAGAUUGCCAAAAACACUGGAAAACCUGCUUCCAUUUCCAAUAUCCUAUCUUUGUGAAGCAAAGGUUUCUGCAGUGACAGCAACCAAAACAAGAUUAUGGAGUAUACUGGACAUAAGCAGCACACUUCGGGUGUCAGUGUCUCCCAUUGCCCCCAGAUGGGACUGUCUAGUUGCAGGGAAAACAAGCUCAGGGUUCCCAAUGAUUCCACAUUAUCAUGAGUUGUAUAUCAUUAUAUGUUACAAUGUAAUAAUAGAAAUAAAGUGCAGAAUAAACAUAAUGCAUUUGAAUCAUCCUGAAACCAUCCCCCGACCCCCAGGCUGUGGAAACAUUGUCUUCUACAAAACUGGUCCCUGGUGCCAAAAAGGUUGAGGACCACCGUCCUACUGUACUACAGUCAUCAUCUUGGUUAAAUCUCUUGAUUCAUAAGGCCUGACACUUAGUAGGUACUUGGUACCUGUUUGUUAUUGCCAACUAUAAAUAAAAUAGCUUUCCCUUCCAUUGACAUAUGACCAGAGUUUAAAAAGGUAAUGAUUUCAAAUAACUAUAUGUUAGAUUCCAUUUUUCAUUCAUAAGGGAAAGAAUCUCUGAUCAUAGCAUAGAAUUAAAAGAUGAUUUUCAGUAGUUCUGGCAUUUGACCCAGGAUGUUUACAUAUUUUACAGAUUUACUGAUUUUAAGAAAUAACUAAUACUUCCUACCCAAGAUAUCACUCCUGUUAAGUUUGUGUUUUCUUUGCAUGCUGAGUUUGUUUACUACUCUCAGUCGCUCUUAGAAUAAAACACUUCUUACCUCCAGGUGGCUUAGAACAGCAGUCUCCAACCCUUUUGGCACCAGGAACUGGUUUCAUGGAAGACAGUUUUUCCACAGAUGUGGGAAAGGGGUUGGGGGCAGCAGCUGAAUGGUUUUGAGAUGAAACUGUUCCACCUUACAUCAGGCAUUAGAUUCUCAUAAGGAGUGCACAGUCUAGAUCCCUCCCAUGCGCAGUUCACAAUAGAAUUUGCACUCAUGAGAAUCUAACAGGUGAUGUGACAGGAGGCGGAGCUCAGGUGGUGAUGUUCACUGGCCUGCUCUUCACCUCCUGCUGUGCGGCCCAGGCCACGGACCAGUGCCAGUCCUGGGAGUUGGGGACCCCUGGCUUAGAGGAAGCAGAAUGAUUAGUUUUCACAUCAGUAAGUAUAAAUACCUCUUUUCUUUAAAAAUUAGCACAUACAGCAGAAAUUAUCAAGAAAAUAGAGGAAGAAAAGAAGGAGUUUGGGUGCAAUUAAUGGAAGCAUUUUUGCAGGUUUUUUUUUUUUUUUGAAGCAUAUUGAGACAGGCAAAAAUUAAUGAGUUAUAAGGUGGUAAAAUGGACAGAGAAUAGGACAUCUCACCUACUUCCAAAUGUUUAUGUCCCUUUGUCCCUUCUAUAAUUUUUCCAUUUUUUCCUAAAAACCGUUUGUGCUUGUUGUCUAUUUAAGUUCACCUCAAGAACAGCCACAUGUGCAAGAGCCGGUAAAGGACAUUCCUUGGAAGGUGGGGGGCAGUUCCUGAGAGCAAAGAUGGAUCAGCCAACAAAUACUGGAGCAUUUCCUAUGUGCCAGACACUAUGGAAAAUAGUGAUUUUAAAAAAAAAACAAAAUAAAAAAACCAAGA